AUGUCUACAUCACCGCGGUUAGGUGAUGAAACGACUCAUCUUGCCAGAUCACCAUAUACUCCAUCCUCACGGGCUGGUACACCAAGAAUCCUUUCAGAAUACUCAAAUGCGCCUACUCCCAAAACACCAAAGUUUAGAACAUACAGUCCAGACACAACACGGCGAAUAAUAGAGUAUGCACCUGAUGCAUCAAUUGCACUAAUUGGUAUGCGUGGGAGUGGCCUCUCCACGUUGGCUGUGUUAGCUUCAAGUACCUUGGGCUUUCGAGUUCUGGAUGCCGACCAAUAUUUCUACAAAGUCACUGGCCUCUCAAGAGCAGCUUAUAAAUCUGCCCAUGGUAUUUCUCAGUAUCGUCAAGAGGAGCUACGACUGAUGAGAUCUAUGCUCUUUGAUAAUCCAACUGGAGCUAUUAUUGUCUGCGGACCUGGUGCUGUGGAAGGAAAGGGAAAAGAAUGGCUUGCGGAGUUCGCCAAAGAACAUCUCAUUAUCUAUGUCUUACGUGACGCCGAGGACAUCCAAAGGCACUUGCGCUUGUUUGAUCUAGACACAAUCCGAGAUCUCAUUCGUCGAGCCACGCCAGCAUACAGAAGGUUAUCAAGCUUUGAGUACUACAACACCUCUGAUACAUCAAUCCGCAAAUCAAGCACCUCGCCUUCACGUGGGGACCUGUCUCCUUCGGCUCUCGCGCUCAAAAAUGUAGAGAAAGACUUCCUCAACCUAAUACAUGGGAUAGUUAAGCGAGAUGAUUCGUAUGGGAAAUACAAAGCUCGACAUAGCCUUUCAUCUCUACCUUUAGUUUCACGGAGCUUCACUUAUGCGUUAUCGAUACCACUCACAACUCUUACUACCUUGAUGUCAGAGCUCAGGGACGUUGACAUUGAGGCCGACGCCGUUGAACUUACCAUACCAAUGUCAACUGUAUGCAAGGACGGGCAUGAACUAGACGACACGAUAGGAGAUCAUAUUAGCAGACAAGUAUCUGUCAUCAGGAGAAAUAUUUGUCUUCCUAUCAUCUACCAGGUGAGCUCCUACGACAUACAUCAAGUCAGCACGGAUGACUAUUUCCGUCUACUAAACCAUGGGCUGAGACUUGGACCUGAAUAUCUCUGCGUGGAUCUCGAAUUCGACACAGCCAAGAUCCAAGCUCUGGUAUUUUCAAAGGGCCAGACAAAGAUCAUUGGUCAUUAUUCUGCGUCCGACGAUGGAGAUGAUGGAUGGGAUUCACCGAAACAGUGGGAUAUGGUUCAGCGGGCCCAAACCCUUGACUGCGAUAUCCUUCGUGUAUGCAAGAAGGCGACAUGUUUGGCGGAUAAUUUCUCGGUACAACACUUUGUCCACCGUGUAAAAUCCUCCCAGCAAUACACAAUUCCGGUGAUAGCUUACAACACUGGCCAUCUUGGACGCAUGUCCUGUUACACAAAUUCGAUCCUCAGUCCAGUCACUCAUCCACUUGUCCGCAAGUUAGCACCCGAAUGCCCGUCAAGUUCUCUCCUCACUAUCCAAGAAGCUCAGAGAGCAACCUUUGCAUCGUUUUUACUCGACGACCAGUUCUUCGGUAUAUAUGGAAACAACACCUCGCAGAGUCCGUCGCCCGCCAUGCACGAAGCUGCCUUCAAAUUACUGGGCAUGCCCCACCAUUACAACAUCUAUACAAAAGACUCAAUGGAUGAACUUUUUGAGAUGGUGAAGGACGUUAAAUUUGGGGGAGCCAGUAUUACUGCUCCUUUUAAAACUUCAGUGAUUCCUAAAAUGGACUUUCUCAGUGAGGAAGCCAAAGCUAUUGGAGCUGUCAACACCAUGAUAUGCCUAAAAUCCCCAACGAUGGAUUCCUUACUCGACAGAAACACGGCCGGACCAACUGUAGCGCUUUUCGGCGAAAACACUGAUUGGAUCGGUAUACAUACCUGUGUUCAGCGCAAUCUCUCUCCCAUCAAUGCUGUUAGGCGGCGAACAACGGGCCUGAUAGUGGGUGCUGGCGGAAUGGCUCGAGCAGCCGCCUACGCCUUUAUACGCCUGGGAAUCAAGAACAUCGCUGUUCAUAACCGUACACGGUCAAAAGUCGAAGAGCUCAUCGCACAAUUCAAGAGUCAAAGACAUGGUACCAACAGGCAAGGUGAGACUGAUCCGCAGGCCUCUCGAAGGGAGAGUGAGAGUCCAGAUCGCGCGACAGACCUAGUGUUUAAAAUACUUGAUUCCAAAAAUGCUACAUGGCCAGAGGAAUUGAGUUUACCAACCAUUAUUGUAUCCUGUAUCGCUACCAAAGACAUUGACAGUAAAUGUUCCGUGGACACGAGUCUUCCUGAAGACUGGCUAUCGAGCCCAACUGGUGGCGUUGUAAUCGAGCUUUCAUACACGCCACUUGAAACUCCAUUAUUACAGCAAACUAAGCAGUUGGCUGACAGGGGAUGGAUCACGGUAGAUGGUCUCGAGGUUCUACCAGAGCAAGGAAUGAUGCAAUUCGAGCUGUUUACAACUCGAAGAGCUCCAGCUAAUAUUAUGAGGCAAGAGGUCUACCAAGCAUAUAAUAGAAGAAUGGGAAGGUGA